AUGUGUGCAGGAGGGGCGAUUGCAUGGUUCUCCGAGACUCAGAAGUGUGAGACUUUGUCUACCACGCAGGCAGAAUUCGUGACGAUGGCGGACAUGGGGAAGGAGAUUUUGUUUUUGAGGCAGGUUUGGCGUUUUAUGUUGCCUAAGGAGUUGCGGCCGUGCAUUCCACUGUAUGAAGAUAACGAGGGGGCUAUCCAGAUCGCAAAACUCCCGAUCUCGAAUUCCAACUCGAAGCACAUCGACGUGCGGCAUCACUUCCUCAGGCAGCUCGUAGAUGGGGUGUUCCGCGGUAAAGACGAAUAG